UGUUUACGUCGUUUUAUUCUGCACAAUAUGGCGGGAGUCAAUAACAUAGCAGAAAUAGUUCGGAGAGUUGUGACCUCAAUAAAUAAUUUAGACCCGAAUACACAAGCAUGUCAAAAUGCAGCGAAUACCAUCGGUAAUCAAAGCUCCACAAGAACGCCUGAACAAGAAGUCAACGACGCUUUUCGUCUUCCGAGAACAACAAGCGGUCAGGAACCAAUUGUUCCGAGAUCAAGAAAUGGGCGAUUUACACCUUACAGCGGUAGAAAAGCGAAGAAAGGAAAAGAAAAAAAGACUUCAAACUCGCAACUUGAUUUUAUAUUGAAAGACGUGUGCCUUUUACCGAGUCCCUCGUGGGCUGAUGUUCCAAGAAGGGACAAAAAACAAAAUUUAGUUCGUAACAACAUGUUCAUUGAUGCAUGGACUCUUAAUAAGACUUGGUCAGAGGAAAAGUUGAAAAAUGAAAUAUUGAUCUUAUUUAAAGAACAUUUGAAGACAGUCAACGAUUUUGAAUUUGUUAAGGCAGUGGGAAACACUAUCACAAAAGUCAAACUGCCUGAAGGGAACGAGGUUAAUGGCAAAACUAUAAAACAUAUUGCUGGCAAUGGCCCAAUAUAUAUCAGAGCAUGCGCAAAUAUUGACGACUUUAAUCAAAAUGAAAUUGAAGAUGAUCUAUCUGAAGGUGAAGAUUUUGCUGUUGGAGAAACAAAAACUGGUGAAGAUAUUCGACAAUAUGCUUUUAUUUCUGACCAGCCGUCGACAAGUUCAAUCGUUUCAAUGACAAUUGAUGAUGAAGACAAAGGAUGCUCUUCCAGUACGUGCCAACUAUUUGAUUUCGAGAUAGAAAGGUUGAAAGAAAUGUUCCCAAUGUCUUCUGAUGAAGUACUGAACGCAGCGAUUGAAAAAAGUGCAAAUUUAGGAGAGGCAGUAGAUUAUGUCGUCCAACAGACCGGGGUUUCUGAGAUUGCAGGGGAUGAUAACAAAGAGAGCGAAUUAUCCCCUGAAAGUUCACUGAAUGAAUUGAUAAGAGGUGUCAUUCCGAAGUCUACAGGUCCGCCAAGGCGUUUUGUCGUCAACAGGAAUACAAUAUUACCAGACAGCAUCGCUGUUCUUAAGCAGAGAAAUUUUGAUAUCAGUGUCCCUGUUAUGGUAACGUUCGAAGGGGAACCAGCAAUCGACGGGGGCGGUCCAAAGCGGGAAUUUUUCACCCUUCUCUUGAGAGAGCUUCUUUCUCCAGAUUCGGUUGUACGUUUAUUUGAAGGAAAUGGUGGAAACUAUCUUCCUUUGCAUAAUACAGACGCGUUGCGAUCAAAAUUAUUUGAAGUUGUUGGCCGAAUGGUAGCUGCAUCAAUCAUGAAUGGGGGCCCAGGUUUUCCUCAUUUCUCUACAGCUGUUUGGAAGUAUAUUCAAUGUCAAGAUACUAAUCUUGUCACAGAAUACAUCUCCAAAGAUGAUGUGGUUGAUUUUGAAGUCAUUGAAGCAAUAAAUAAGCUCGAUGCAAUCACUCCUGACACAUUCACAAAAAUAGCUCGCGAGGUUGAGCCACUGAUAAUCGAUUCCGGAUUUCCGCACAAGUUAUCCACAGAAAACGUUUACCAUGCAAUAACGUCCUUGUGUCUGCAUAAUGUUUUGCUCUCAAGGAAAGCAGAGCUUGAUCAGUUUAUAAGGGGACUUGGGCCGCUGCAUACGGUCAUCAAGAAAUAUCCGGUCAAAACUGAAUGUUUUCUCUUGAGGGGAGAAGCAAAACUGCCCACAUCAGAGGAAUUGCUUUCAAUUAUGGAAUUUGUUGAUGUGGAAUCGAGCAUUGUAGAAUAUUUUAAAGAGUAUUUGACUACGUCGGAUAACGAGACUCUUAGCGAUUUAUUGAUGUUUUCGACUGGAUGUGCCACAAUUCCUCCCAUGGGGUUCCAUAACCCUUCAGUCAUUACCAUAUUACAGAAUGAAUCAACUUAUCCAAAUGCAAAUACAUGUCCUCAAGAACUUGAAUUACCAGGACUCGUAUGUUCUUUCGCCGAACUGAAGAGAAGUCUUGAUUCAGCUCUUGCAAUACAGAAAAUGGGAUUUGGAAUUGUGUGAUUUCCUGCUAUGAUGCUGAAACACUUUGUAACAUCCAGUUUGUACACUCACACGUGAACAUUUUUUUUCCUGUUUUGUUAAUUAAUAUAACGCCUGCAUUGCGUAUAUACACGCAUGGGAGAGACCCGCGGCGCGUAUUUGAAACGAGUUGUUUUCUUUUCGUUAGCAUAAAACCAUUCAUGCAUAGAGAUGAUAGGCUGCAAGAAAUGAAGGUUUGAAUGCGUAGAAUUCAUGGGUUUUUUUCAAAACAACAUAAAUUGCAAAAAACAUUAUGCAUAUUUUUUUAC